AGCUCACGUGGAAGACAUAAUGGGAGGGGAUGAAGAUGAAAACAGAUCCUGGAGGUGUCAGAUCAUGUUUCUGUCCCUGUUUUUCUUCCCCACAGACCAAUAAAAUGACAGAACAAUGUGUCAGCUUGAAAGACUGAGGCGUUCAUGGACCCUCUGGCUCCUCUGCCUUUAUUACUUACUUGGAGUGCUCCGAGAACUUUSUGAACCCUCUUCUCGUUGGAGUGGGAAGGGGAGAGGGAGACGAGCAGUGGAUGGGACGCAGCAGGAGCAGCAACAGCAGGCUCAUCUGGAGACGGGACUCUCAGCUGCACAUAAUCCUCCCCUCCCCUCCUCUCCAGGCCAUGAUAAGGCAAUGCAUCAACCUCCUGACGCCCCUGGCUCUGCUGCUCCUCGCAGGGCUCGCAGACCUCAGCCUUGGCUCCGCUGGCGAGCACGAGGAUUACUACAUGCAGGAGAUGCUGACGAGGRAACAGAACCAUCAGGUUCAAGCUCGGGAGAAGCCCGUUGCCUCAACACCUGACAGGCAUGAACACCCGAGGCAGAGCAAGAAAWCUCCCAAAGGGAAGCCAGAAAGCAACAAGAAGACUGAAAAAACCUCAGCUCCUGCAAAGCCAGUGAAAGCCUCCAGCAAGAAGGCGGUGAAGCCCAAGAACACCCUUAAAGAUCCAAGCAGCAUCUCUGAAGGAGUCGGACAGUACAGCUCAAUAAAAGAGGAAUGCCCUCCCAUAGGACUGGAGACAUUAAAGAUCAACGAUUUCCAGCUUCAUGCUUCGUCUACAAAACGCUACGGCCUCGGAGCGCACAGAGGUCGCCUCAACAUUCAGGCCGGUCUUUACGAAGAUGACCUGUACGACGGGGCCUGGUGCGCGGGCAGGAACGACCCACUCCAGUGGCUCGAGGUGGAUGCCAGGAGGCUGACGAAGUUCACCGGGGUCGUCACGCAGGGCAGGAAYUCCCUUUGGUCGAGUGACUGGGUGACGUCGUACAAGGUUAUGGUUAGCAACGACAGCCACACAUGGAUCACACUGACAAACGGCUCUGAGGACUUGACAUUCCGCGGAAACAGAGAAAAAGAAAUCCCCGUCCGGAACGUCUUCCCCUCACCCGUGGUGGCCCGGUACAUUCGGAUCAACCCUCGCUCCUGGUUUUACAGCGGCAGCAUCUGUAUGAGAGUGGAAAUCCUCGGCUGUCCUUUGCCAGAUCCAAAUAAUUAUUACCACAGACGCAAUGAGGUCAUAACAACYGACGACUUGGACUUCAGGCAUCACAGCUACAAAGAGAUGAGGCAGCUWAUGAAAGUGGUUAAUGAAAUGUGCCCCAACAUCACCCGGAUCUAUAACAUAGGAAAAUCCCAGAGCGGCCUCAAACUGUACGCCAUUGAGAUCUCUGACAACCCAGGAGAACACGAAGUKGGCGAACCGGAGUUUCGUUACACAGCAGGUUCUCAUGGUAACGAGGUGUUGGGAAGAGAGCUCCUCCUCCUGCUGAUGCAGUUCAUGUGUUUGGAGUAUCUAUCUGGCAACCAGCGGAUCCGUCACCUGGUGGAGGAGACCAGAAUCCACCUGCUGCCGUCCGUCAACCCUGACGGGUACGAGAAAGCCUUUGAAGCGGGUUCAGAGCUCAGUGGCUGGUCUCUUGGUCGAUGGUCCAACGAUGGAAUAGACAUUCACCACAACUUCCCUGAUCUCAACUCCAUCCUGUGGGAGGCUGAGGCCAAGAAGUGGACUCCUCGCAAAACGCUCAACCACCAUGUAGCCAUCCCAGAAUGGUACCAGUCAAAAAAUGCCUCAGUUGCCUUGGAGACACGAGCUCUGAUAACAUGGAUGGAGAAAAUGCCCUUCGUGCUGGGUGGGAACCUCCAGGGAGGCGAGCUGGUGGUGACCUUCCCGUAUGACAGAACCCGCACCCAGGGGGUGGCCAUGGAGCAGACCCCCACCCCCGACGACCACGUCUUCCGCUGGCUGGCCUUCUCCUACGCGUCCACCCACCGACUGAUGACCGAUGCCAACCGACGGGUCUGUCACACAGAAGACUUCGCCAAGGAGGACGGCACCAUCAACGGAGCCUCCUGGCACACGGCAGCUGGAAGCAUGAACGAUUUCAGCUACUUGCACACCAACUGCUUUGAGCUGUCCAUGUAUGUGGGCUGUGACAAAUUCCCUCACGAGAGCGAGCUGCCAGAGGAGUGGGAGAACAACCGCGAGUCUCUUCUUGUUUUCAUGGAGCAGGUGCAUCGUGGGAUCAAAGGUGUGGUCAGGGACCUACAAGGUCGUGGAAUAGCYAACGCCAUCAUCUCUGUGGAGGGCAUCAGUCACGAUGUUCGCACAGCUGGCGCUUGCUGAACCCUGGAGAGUACAGAGUAACGGCCAGAGCUGAAGGCUACGGUUUCACCAGCAAGAAGUGCGAGGUGGGCUACGACAUGGGCGCCACCAGGUGCGACUUCACCAUCAUCCGGACCAACUUGUCACGAAUCAGAGAAAUCAUGGAGAAGUUCAACAAGCAGCCCAUCAGGUUACCCGUGAGGCAGCUUCAAGCUCGCAGGUCCAGAGAAAGAGGUCUGGGAACAUAAGGACCGCAGGAGGGAAGCCAGAGGAGGAAUUAAAAGCAAACGUCUGCUCUGAAGAGACUGGGGUGGAGUCCAAGCUCGGGUUUGGACACRGGUCAGCGGGUGGUCAGGGGAAAUACUGUUCGGAGACUCAAAUCAUAAAUGAAAGCUUUAUUUGAUCCCUGUUUGAUUAUCUACUCUGACACAUGUUCUUCUGUGUGCUUAUUGUCGACAAGUCAUUCUUCAGAGAUGUCGUAAACAUCAGUGUUUCCUUUCAUUCYGACAAAGUGASAAUAAAUAUGUAUUUUGUUCAUGAUGGGUUAACUCAUUAAAAUCACAUCAGAGAUUAUUUUAUUAAAUACAAAUUGAUGUGAAGUCUGUYGUAGCAUCUGUGCCAUUAUGUAUAUACCUAAUAACUUAUGUAAAACAGCCAAGAAAAUCUUUCCAAAAGCUUUUUUUUCACUCUGCACUUAACA